AAAAAGUCAACAAUGGAUGGUAUUUUCCGAACUUAGGAUGAUUUCAGCUAGUUACACAAACACUUCACGUUUAUGUUUUGACCUUAUGAAGACAGAGAAUUUAAUUGAUUUUAACGUUAGCAAUAGUAUGGUCUCUACACUGUCGUUACAGGGAUUGCCAGCAUUUACUGCACCAAAUUUUACCAUGGACUUACGAGGAAACAACAUCUCUUUAAAAUUUCAUGACAUGAAUGAGUAUGAAGCUGUAAAAUCGAAAUUUAUGGAGCGCAAGAAUACAAAAACGACUGUUUUGGCCAAUGUGGAGCCGCUGCAAUGCGAUUGCCAAUAUUCUUGGUUACAAAAAGCGUUAAAAGAUAUCUCAAACCUGAAAAUACAACAUAUAACUUGUUCAUACACUUUAAAUAGUACCAAAUUUGAUUGUGGCGACUGCGUUUGUCAUCGAGAUGCUAAAUCUACAAUUGCUCAUUGUUCUUCUGGCUUGACUCGUGCCAUACCUACGGUAGAAGGUCUCAGUCAUCUUCACGCCGCUUCCAAUCGCAUAGAAUCUCUCAAUGUUAGCUUAUUCAGUGAUAAAUUAGUUUGUGUUGACAUUAGUUCAAAUCAAAUAUCACGUUUGGACUUGGGAAUUGUAAUCGCCAUGUUUUCGAAGAAAGAUCGACAUUUUAGACUAGCUGGAAAUCCAAUAAUAUGCGAUUGUAAAAAUCAAGCGUUGCUCCAAUACUUAAGACUAUACCGCCACCAGGUUGACGAUUAUGAGGAACUAACCUGCGCUGAAGGUGAAAUUUUGUUGAACAACUUUAAAGAAGAUGAACUUUGUAACAUGGCACAGUCAAUACCAAGAACGUCGAAAUUAACUAUAGCAUUAUCAGCUGUCAGCAUCGUGGCAGAUCCUGACCUACGGUUGUACAUGCAGACGAAUACUUAUUUGCGUUGGGAUGAUCCUUGGUUUUGGGAUAAGCUUCGGUAUGCAUUACCUCAUAAGCCUAGAAACUAGUGUUGUAGGUGAUGUCACUACACAAAAU